UACGAACCUCAAAAUUAUUACAUUGAGUCGUUGUGUUGGGGUCCUCCGAGGAAUCUUGGUGUGAUCCACCACAAUUUCAACCAAACCUGUUUACUAAAGGUGAAGACUUUGAACGGAUUUAAAGAGAAACGACCCCAAAAAAAAAAAAAAGAUGCUGAAGAGUGAGGCAUCUCUCUCGAGUUACUGCGAUUCUGGAGAUGGGUUCGGUUCCGAGGAUCCGGUUUCUGGAAUCAAGGAGAAUUUGGAGAGAACUGUUACGAUUAGUGAUUCUAUCGACGGCGGCGAGUUCAGUUUUGCGAAACACAAGGAAGUAGUAGAAGAAGAAGACGGUGGUGAUGGUGAGAGAGAAGAACAAGGUUUCGGGAUUCAAAGACCACCAAGUCCUCCUAUGCAUUUAGCUGCAGGGUUAGGGAUUGAUAAGUUUGAUUUGUAUGUUGAUGAGAUCAAAUUCGAUUUACCGGGCCUUGAUGAUGAGAAUUGUGGUGCUUACUACAAAGGAAUGCUCGAAGAGUAUCCAUUGCAUCCUCUGCUUCUCAAAAACUAUGCCAACUUCUUGGAGUACAAAGGAGAUCUUAGUGGAGCUGAAGAGUAUUAUCAUAAGUGUACUGUAGUUGAGCCUUGUGAUGGAUUAGCUUUAGCAAACUAUGGUAGAUUAGUAAUGAAGCUUCACCAAGAUGAAGCUAAAGCCAUGAACUACUUUGAACGCGCUGUUCAAGCAUCUCCUGAGGAUAGCGAUGUUCUUGGGGCAUAUGCUAGUUUCCUCUGGGAGAUUGAUGCCGAGGAUGAUGAUGAGGAUGAGGACUCUUUUGGAGACCUAACCGGGAAAAGAAAAGAAGAAUUUGAGCCUGAUGCAGGGGAAAAAAGCAGCUCAAGCUUGUCCAAGACAGAAGAUGGAGAAACGCUAUGCAGAUAUGCGAAAGCGUUCUGGAGUAUUAAUGGUGACCAUGAGAAGGCUUUGGUCUAUUUCGAGAAGGCCGUUGAAGCCUCUCCUAAUGACAGCAUUAUUCUUGGAGAGUACGCUCGGUUCCUAUGGGAAAUCGAUGAAUGAUCAUCAUCAACAAGAAGAAGAAGAAAUCUAAGGUUGAUACUUGAUAAGUUUUUCCUCUACAUGAAAGCUUCACCCAUCUCCGUUAUGUGUUGUAUAUUCAGAAAUGAGAGAAUCUCGUUUUUUUGGUCAAACGAUGAGAGAAUCUCGUUAAAAAACAAAUUUGAUGUCUCGUUGUCUCUUGCAGAUUCGAAUGUGUUUUUGCAAGACAAACCUUAAUAUUCCAACUAUGUAAUAUAAAUGCUUAUUGAUUCGCUCCGGCUUACGUUACUCUA